AGGAGGUCAGCGCCAUGGCGCUGGACUAUCUGGUCAAUGAGUGUGUGGCACUGUCUGUGCGCGUAGAUGAGCUGCUGGCCAGCGACAGUGCGCCUGGUACGCUUGCGGGAGACGUUGCCGGGCUCAACCUUAAAGAGGACAAACCAGGCACGGUGGACUUUGCCUCAAACCCCAAGUUUGUGGGCCUCAACAACCUGUACCGUCUGGAGCAAUACGGCUACGAAAUUGGAUACAAGAUCACCGACUGCAUCAUUUACAAGAAAACCGUUCAGGAAGGAGUCAACAUCCAGCUGCUGGAGGUGCUGGAAGUGAUGAAAUUUAUAUGCCGCGAUGUGUGGCGUAUGUUUUACCUAAAGCAAAUGGACAACCUGCGCACAAACCAUAUCGGCACAUUUGUGCUUGUGGACAACAACUUUCGUCCGUUGAUCAACGUUUCCAGCGCACAUGGCGACGCAGACACCAUAAGCAAAAUCCAGCCGUACUUGCAACUGCCGUGCGGGCUUAUCCGCGGCAUUCUUGCCAGUCUAGGUAUCAGUGCCGUUGUGAAAGCAGAAGUCAUAGAGAACCGGCUCCCAGCGGUCUCCUUCAACGUGCAAACCUCGCUAGCUAAGUAGCACGUGGUGUAAGGGUGUUUCGGUGUAUCGUGCAUAU